AUGGAUCCUCCGCAGAUCGCCGGACGGGGAAGUGACGACCGCUUAAGCAAGCUCCGCGACGGCGUGCUCGGCCACAUCCUCUCCUUCCUCGACGCCAAGGAGGCCGGGCGCGCCGCUGCGCUCUCGUCGCGGUGGCGCCACGUCUUCGCCAGCGUCCACACCGUCUCGCUGGAGCAGCCGGAAGAGCCCGUACCCGAUUACGACUACGACGGCGGAUACCGGCUCCGUCGCUACGAUCCGAACCAGCCAACGCCCUUCACCGUUGUCGUCAACAAGGCACUAUUCGCCCGCUUCCGUCGGCCGGCCAUUGCCGCCCCAUCAGUGCCCCUGCGCGCGCUCCGCGUCACCAUGGAUGAUUACGGCCGCGGGGACGCCUCCACGGUGAACGAGUGGGUCGCUUGCGCCUUCAGUUUAGCCGCCCCCGAGCUCGAGAUCCAGCUUGACCUAGGCCAAGUCCCGGUCUGCAAGCGACCCGACCCCUUCCGUGCCGCCGCCGCCACCGCCAAUAGCGAAUGUGAUGAUCACUCUGCCGGGAAGCAGUCUCCCGUGCCCAAGGACGUCGACAUCGAUGACAAAGAUGUCGCCUCCGGCGAUGAUGAGAGGGAUCCUGCAGGGGAGCAGCCUCCCGUGCCCAAGGGCGUCGACACCGAUGACGAAGAAGAUGUCGCCUCCAGCGAUGACGAGAAGGAUUCUAGAUCGCCGAACUCGCCGUCCCCACGCGACUCGCAGUACACCGUCGUGAGGCAGCUCUUCUCCUUCGCGGCAUUGCGGUCACUCCGUCUUGGUAACUGCAGGCUCUGCCCGCCAGUGACCAUCAGCCUGCCGGCUCUCGAAGCGCUCAGCCUCACUCACGUCCCUGACGCAGAGGAGCACGUGCAGAAGCUCAUCUCCGCCUGCACAAGCCUCAAGGACCUGACUCUCGAGGCCUGCGGCACCGUCACCACGCUCUCCCUCCUCGACAACACAAGUCUCCAUAGGCUCGUCCUCCGAUGCUGCCACAAGCUUGCCAAUGUCACCAUCAACGCUAUGGAGCUCCACACGUUUGAGUACCGCGGUGCAGUUCCCGGCAACUCGUUCCUCACCGUGCCAGGCGGCGGCUUCCCAUCCAUCACGUCAUGCAAGAUCGCCAUCUGCACGGUCUGCCUCCUCGAGGAGGCCACGUCGGAGGAGCAGCUCGCCAUGCUCGGUUCGUUCCUACAGCCGUUCACGUCCACAAAACACCUUCACCUAUGCGCCGCCCGCAUGGGCUCCUGCUUCGUGGCGCUCGACUUGUUCCAGGCCCUCCGGCACCUCCAGCUAAAUGGGCGUGUGACAAACAGCGAUGUAGCCGCCGCCGCUGCGACCAGCACAAUCCUCCAGCGGGCCACGAACCUGGAGACGCUGACCCUGUUCUUCGAGACCGGGCCUCACGAACUCGAGACUCGCGUCAGCGGCCUGCGCUACUGCAGCAACCGCAGAAAAGGUGAGCUCCUGGACGCGCAUCACCUCCACUACAGCAAGUACGACACCCUCGACUUGGCGGGCGUGCCGAUCCCACGGUGCCUGGGGAGCAGCGUGAGAAGGAUCAACCUGCUGCAUUACCAAGGCGGCAGAGCGCAGAGGGCGCUCGCCAGGUACUUGCUCCGCAACGCUCUGGUGCUCGACAAGCUCUACUGCGAGUUGGAGGAGGGGCCACUGUGGAUCCAGGAGGAAUUGGUGCGGGAGAUGGAAGGCUGGGUGGUGAACGAGAGUGCCAGCACGGUGUUCCACUGA